AUGGAGAAAUGCAGCGAACACAACAAUAUCAACAACAACAAAGACAACAACCAUAAUUAUAACAAUAACAUCAACAACAAUAUCAACAACAACCACAACAAUAUCAACAAUAUAAAUUGCAACAAUAACAACAAUAACAAUAGCAAUAACAACAACUCUGACAAUCUAAAGUCCUCUCAAGUCACGGAUAAUUGGAGGACAAAGAGGAUAAAGAGGUUCGACACACGACUCGAGUCACUGUGGUACACGCUGCAGGCCUUGGCAUGGUCGUACGAGACCAUUCAGAUAUCACAGCGACGUAUCGCCAAUCAGUUCAGAGAGAUACAGGAUUACUUUGUGACCCAAGAGCAACAGCUCAACAAGAUACUCAUCGAAGAGUUUGAAAAGACCACGGCAUCGAUCAACAACAUCAUCAAUGAGAUUGCCAACCUCAAUGCUCAUCGCACCAAACCAACAUUCAACCACAACAACAACAAUAAUAAUGAUGAAGAUGAUGACAAUGAUGAUGAGGAUGAAGAUGAAGUGGACAUGGCCGGUAUGAACCAGUUGGUGCAAUCGAUUCAAACAUCAAAGUCGAUCGAUCAGUUCAUCGACAAGGCGUUCAAGGAAUCCGAUGAUAUCACGUGGACAGACGACCAACUGCUGGACUUUGUAAGAAGAGGCUCACAAUCAAUUCAGACCGUCCACACUGUGACCCGACCAUUGUUGAUCGACAUUGAUAUUUUCAAGCUGCAGCACGGCAUCAAGGAGCUCAUGCGCACUUGCUUUGAGUUCCAAAAGUCGCCAAGGGUCGAUCAUGGCUUCAGGAAUCACAUCUUCUCAUUCUACAACGACUCGUGCUCAAUACUCGACGUGGACACUGGCGAGUGGACCGUGAUCAACGACAGGUGCACACCAAGAGUGGGCAUCUUCAAAUCGGUCGUAUACGCACGCGGCAAUGUCUAUGUGUUUGGCGGCGAUCACACACCCAACACAUACUCACGCUUCUCUCUGGCCGAGCUCAAGUGGCACAAUGACCUGGAGAUCACCGGCAUUGACGGUGGCGCCAACAUAGGCGCCUGCUACGAUGGCGACAACCUCAUCUACUUGGUCGGUGGAUAUUACAACGACCGUAUGCUGGACCGAGUUGAUUGCUUCAACAUUGACACCCAGCAGUUUGCCACAGUCGGCCGGCUGUCAGUGACGACCCGAGUGCCCUACACAUUUGUCAACAACAACAGGCUAUUCAUCGUUGGUGGCUACGUCGAUGUGCAAUGCCGCGUCACACUGACGGAUAUCCUGGUAUUUGACCUCGCCCGCAAGAAAUGUGACACCUUCAUCAAGACCAACUUCCGGCCGGACGAGAGCAUCUUGCCGUGCUACGACGGCAAGGACAGUAUAUUCAUCGUUGGCGAUGAGACCACCACCAUGGUGUCAUUGUCCAAGAAGCUGGCGCUCACCUCUGUCUCGAUCCACACUGGUUAUGACAACUCGCUAACAUGUCUGUUCACACAAUCUCGUGGACUUGUCUUGCUCAAUGGCGAUGGUGAUAACUUUAUAUACUCUAUACUUCAAUCCCAGUGGAUACCACUUGAAGGUGAUGACCCUUUAGAAUCUAGGCCAUUCUUUGGAACAUGUCAUAUUUAUCAUUGA